AUGGAAGAAGGAAGUAAUCAUAUAUUUAAAUUUAGGGUAUUGGCAGCAGUCAAUAUUAGUAUAAGAAAGGGAGACAUUAAUAAUCUCUUAGAAUUAAAGGAAUUGGAAUGGAUCAUUAGGCUUCAAGCAGACAUGAGUCCAGAACAGGUGGAGGCACCAGACAUACACAUCGAAGAAAAAGGGAAUAAAAUCAGUUGUACCAGAAAAAACAGCAACUAUAAGUACAGAUUGUGUAUUCUGUAUCAAAAUGAUCACCAAGUGCAAGAUACUGGUCUUCAAUACAAUACUACCCCUACUGAGGAGGUUUCCUUUACUGUCCCUGAUCUUCCUGAUGAGGCUUUAUUUAAAUGUUUGUGUUAUACAACUGGAGAAAGGUGGACACGUAACAGCUCUGCUAUAACUAAAGCAGGAAAAUUGAUCCCUGAACCAACAACAUCAGCAAAAACAAGAAAAAAAACAAAUAUGACAAGGGUCACAGCAACAAGUAAAACAGACACAAAUUGUGAUUAUACAAAUACAAACACCGUCAAACUAUGUUAUUGCCUUAUCCUGUUCUUCAUGAUGGUUAUCUUUACGCUAAUGAGCAUGCACAUGGAAAGAACUCAGAACCACUAAUUACCAUCUGUCUUGAUGAAAUGUUCUAGCAGUAAUUAUGCAUCUAAACUAAAACAAUACGUUUUCUCUUUCA